UUAAUUUCUAGGAUGUCACCUCUACUGACACUCGCGGUAUUUGUCUGUCUGCUGGAGUUCGGGACAGGGGCGCGACCAUCUCUCAGUGGCAUAGUGGAAACGCCAUGGAAUACGACAGACAGAACAUCAAAUGGAAGCCGACAUGAGGUAUCAGCAGUCGAACAUUUAGACGAGGCUUUUGAGGAGCAGGUGAGAAUAUGUAGAAGACGGCCUAUGCCAUUUUUCUAACUUGAUCAUUAUUCAUCAGAAUAUUUCGAGAGUGCUCUUCUCGACGUUUGAUGGCCUGAUAAAUCCUACCCCUCAAACCUAUGUGAACUUUCCUCCACGUCUAAAUGUGAUGAGUUUGCGGCAUAUUUCAGAGAUAAGAUAACCAACAUUAGGCUGAGUAUCAGUCAAGCAAGACCUGAUGAGAAGUUUGAUGAUUUGUGCCCAAUCCUACCAUGCAAAAGCACUAUGGAUGUAUUUUCCCUGGUUGACAGACUUACUUGCUCAUUAAAGUUAUAUCACAAUUUAAGCCUUCUACUUGCCUUCUCGAUCCUAUCCCCACCACCUUCGAAACAGUUUUUAAUUGCAUAUCUGAAGAAGUGCAAGCUAUUGUUAAUCACUCCCUGUUCACAAGCACUUUCCCCACUGCACAGAAAACUGCUAUGGGUGAAACGCCUUCUGAAGAAAAGUAUUCUAGAUUCUUAAGCUUAAAGACAUUUUCAGCCAAUCUCCAACCUUCCAUUCUUAAGCAACACUCAGGAGGAAUUGGUUUUCAAACAGCUAAAUUAUUUUUUAAAGUGCCAACCAUAUAUAUAAAAAAAAAUCCAAUCUGGUUUCCGUGCCCAGCACAGAAACAGCCUCAGUUAAAGUGGUACAUUAUCUUAGAGCCAACACGGAUGCCAAACAGCUUUCUGUCCUUGUACUCUUGUAUUUAAGUGCUGCAUUCAACACCGUUGAACAUGAUGCCCUUCUGGACAGACUGGAGAGGUGGGUUGGCCUCCAGUCAAGUUCUAAAUUGGUUUAGGACCUAUUUAACUGGUCGAGAGUUUUUUGUCACCCUUGAUGAACAUAACUCAGAGAAAAUACAUAUCACAUGUGGCGUUCCACAAUGUUCGAUUUUGGGUCCGGUACUGUUCAGUUUAUACAAUGCCUUCGGAAAGUAUUCAGACCCCUUGACUUUUCCCACAUUUUGUUACGUUACAGCCUUAUUCUAAAAUUGAUUAAAUAUGAAUUUUUUCUCAGCAAUGUACACACAAUACCCCAUAAUGACAAAGAGAAAACAGGUUUUUAGAAAUCUCUGCACAUUUAUAAAAAUAAAAAAAACGAAUAGCUUAUUUACAUAACUAUUCAGACCCUUUGCUAUGAGACUCGAAAUUGAGCUCAGGUGCAUCCUGUUUCCAUUGAUCAUCCUUGAGAUGUUUCUUCCAUUUGAUUGGAGUCCACCUGUGGGAAAUUCAAUUGAUUGGACAUGGAAAGGCACACAACUGUCUGUAUAAGGUCCCACAGUUGACAGUGCAUGUAAGAGCAAAACCAAGCCAUGAGGUCGAAGGAAUUGUCCUUAGUGCUCCGAGACAGGAUUGUGUCGAGGCACAGAUCUGGGGAAGGCUACCAAAAAAUGUCUGCCGCAUUGAAGGUCCCCAAGAACACAGUGGCCUCCAUCAUUCUUAAAUGGAAGGUGUUUGGAACCACCAAGACUCUUCCUAGAGCUGGCCGCCCGGCCAAACUAAGCAAUCGGGGGAGAAGGGCCUUCGUCAGGGAGGUGACCAAGAACCUAAUGGUCACUCUGACAGAGCUCUAGAGUUCCUCUGUGGAGAUGGGAGAACCUCCAGAAGGACAGCCAUCUCUGCAGCACUCCACCAAUCUGGCCUUUAUGGUACAGUGGCCAGACGGAAACCACUCCUCAGUAAAAGGCACAUGACAGCCCGCUUGAAGUUUGCCAAAAGGCACCUAAAGACUCAGACAAUGAGAAACAAGGUUCUCUGGUCUGAUGAAACCAAGAUUGAACUCUUUGGCCUGAAUGCCAAGUGUCACGUCUGGAGGAAACCUGACACCAUCCCUAUGGUGAAGCAUGGUGGUGCUAGCAUCAUGCUGUGGAGAUGUUUUUCAGCGGCAGGGACUGGGAGACUAGUCAGGAUCGAGGCAAAGAUUAUCUGCGCAAAGUACAGAGAGAUCCUUGAUGAAAACCUGCUCCAGAGCGCUCAGGAUCUCAGACUGGUGCGAAGGUUCACCCUCCAACAGGACAACGACCCAAAGCACACAGCCAAGUCAACACAGGAGUGGCUUCGGGACAAGUCUAUGAUUGUCCUUGAGUGGCCCAGCCAGAGCCCGGACUUGAACCCGAUCUAACAUCUCUGGAGAGACCUGAAAAUAGCUGUGCAGCAAUGCUCCCCAUCCAACCUGACAGAGCUUGAGAGGAUCUGCAGAGAAGAAUGGGAGAAACUCCCCAAAUACAGGUGUGCCAAGCUUGUAGCGUCAUACCCAAGAAAACUCAAUGCUGUAAUCGCUGCCAAAGGUGCUUCAACAAAGUACUGAGUAAAGGGUCUGAAUACUUAUGUAAAUGUGAUAUUUCCGUUUUUUUAAAUUUAUAAAUUAGCAAACAUUUCUAAAAACCUGUUUUUGAUUGAUGAGGGAAGAAAACAAUUUAAUACAUUUUAGAAUAAGGCUAUAAUAUAACAAUGUGGAGAAAGUCAAGGGGUCUGAAUACUUUCCGAAGGCACUGUAUAUGUUACCCCUUGGCAGCGUUAUCAGAAAGCACAGCAUUGAUUUUCACUGCUAUGCAGAUGAUACACAACUUUACAUUUGUGUCACCAGAGGAUUUUAUCUCCACGGAUAAUUUAGACUGUAGUAGUGAUUUUAAAUACUUGGAUGGCUCACAAUUUCCUCCAGCUAAAUCAAGACAAGACCGAGUGUUACGUCUCCUCCCGGUGCUCCCCUCCGGCGAAUCAGAUUCUGAUUCGCCGGUCUACUGAGCCACCGGUCUGAGCGCACCACCUCGGCAACACCGGAAUGGAAACCCAACGCACCCUAAUCACCUCCAGCACACCUGCACCUCAUCUCAUCACCACUCCUAUUUAGCCCUGGACUGUUGUGGAUGAUGUUGUGUGUGUGAUUGUUUAGCGUUGUGUCGUUUACUCUAUCUUUGUUAUUUCUCGUUGUCAUUGUUAAGUAAACCUUGACCUUGUUAAUUCCUGCGUCUGCCUCUUCGUAUACUCAGUACUCGUCACACCGAGGUACUUAUUGUUGGAGCCAAAGCACAGAGAGAGAAUCUGGCCGCACAUUUUAAUUCACAGGCAAAGAUAAAAGACCAGGUAAAAAACCUAGGUGUUAUUUUAGAUUCUGAACUAAUCUUCGAGUCACACAUUAGGAAUGUGACCAAAAUAGCUUUUUACCACCUGAGGAACAUUGCCAAGGUGCGGCCGUUUCUCUCUCAGGCUGAUCCAGAGACUCAAUGCUUUUAUUACAUGCAGGCUUGACUACAGUAUUGCUCUCCUGUCUGGUCUACCCAAGAAAGCCAUUGGUCAACUGCAAAACAUACAGAAUGCUGCAGCACGGGUACUGACCAACACCAGACGGAGAGCACACAUUACACCGUUUUUAAGGUCUCUGCACUGGCUGCCUGUGAGUUUGAGAUUAUUCCAUUAGUUUUUAAAUCAAUCCACGAUUGUGCACCCCAAUACAUGUCAGACAUGCUUUUAAGUUAUGUACCCAGUAGGUCCCUCAGGUCCUCUGGCACUGGCCUUUAAACUAUCCCAAAGCCUAGGACCAAGAUGCAUGGAGAGGCAGCCUUUAGUUAUUAUGCCCACAGCCUCUGGAAUAGCCUGCCAGAGAACCUGAGGGGGGCCGAAACUGUGGACAUACUUGAGAGUGGGUGCUUUUUAGUCUUUCAGAUUUUGUCAUUCUUUUUUUUCUUUUUUAUCUUGUGUAGUAAAUAUUUCAGCAUUUAUUUUCAUUGUUUAUUUGUUUUUUCCUGUGAAGCACAUUGCGUUGCAUUCCAUGUCUGAAAUAGGCUGUAUAAAUAAAGCUUGAUUUUAUUUGAUUUUUAUUGUCUCCAGGCAUCUCAUAUCUGAAUUUGGCCUCAAUAGAUCAGUGAUACAACUUCAUUUCACAGCAAUAUUAUGAAGAUUCUGGAAGUCAUAGUUGAUAAGGUCACAUUUUAAAGUUUUAGGAGAGACACUGCUGUCAACAGGACACUAAACCUAAAUUGCAUCAGUAAAAAGGGGCUGCACUAAAUUGCAUCAGUAAAAAUGGACUGCAGUUGAAAAUUAGCCAGCUGGCUAAAACUGGCACUUUUUACAGUAAUGUUAAUUAAUGUGCACUAUCCCUGUAAAACUACAUUUAAUAAAGUAAAAAUAUAAAGUAGGCUAGCUAUUAUAAUAGUCUCAUAAUGGUAGUGUUUUAACACUAAUGAUUAUCCCUCUUGCCGAUAAUUUCAGCUGACAAUUUACUUUUGUCAAUACCUUUUUUUCCAGGUCUACUACUUGCAGCGUCUGUUCCAUCAGUAUGGAGACAAUGGGACUCUGUCCUAUAAGGGCAUGCAGAAGUUACUGGGCAGCCUGGGACUAGGGCAGGUCAGUGUGUUGGAGAUCAGCCACCGAGGUUUGAGGCACAACCAUAACACUCUGACACCCCCUCACCCACAAUUUCAUGAUCAGGAAACAGACACCCCCAGUCCAAGUAGGCCUAUUCAACCACCCCCCUCUGCAAAUGCAGCCAGGUGAGAUACAGAUAUUGCAACUGAUUUGAUCCCAUGAUUCUUAAAUAUGUGAGAUAAACUGUGCCUUCAGAAAGUAUUCACACCACUUGACUUUUUCCACAUUUAUUGCAUUUUUCCACAUUUUAAAUUGAGAUUUUCUGUCACUGGCCUACAUACAAUACCCCAUAAUGUCAAAGUGGAAUUAUGUUUUUGAUUUUAUUUUAGUAAUAAUAAAAAAUGAAAGUUGAAAUGUCUUGAGUCAAUAAAUAUUCAACUCCUGUGUUAUGGCAAGCCUAAAAAAAUUUGCUUAACAAGACGCUUAAGCUGCAUGGACUCACUCAGUGUGCAAUAAUAUUGUUUAACAUGAUUUUUGAAUGACUACCUCAUCUCUGUACCCCACACAUACAAUUAUCUGUGAGGUCCCUCAAUCGAGCAGUGAAUUUCAAACACAGAUUCAACCACAAAGACCAGGGUGGUUUUCCAAUGCCUCACAAAGAUGGGCACUUAUUGGUAGAUGGGUAAAAAAGAAACAGACAUUGAAUAUCCCUUUGAGCAUGGUGAAGUUAUUAAUUACACUGUGUCAAUACACCCAGUCACUACAAAGAUACAGGUGUCCUUCCUAGCUCAGUUGCCGGAGAGGAAGGAAACCGCUCAGGGAUUUCACCAUGAGGCAAAUGGUGACUUUAAAACGGUUACAGAGUUUAAUGGCUGUGAUAGGAGAACUGAGGAUGGAUCAACCAACAUUGUAGUUAUUCCACAAUACUAACCUAAUUGACAGAUUGAAAAGAAGGAAGCCUGUACAGAAAAAAAAUAUUCCAAAACAUGCAUCCUGUUUGCAACAAGGCACUAAAGUAAUACUGCAGAAAAUGUGGCAAAGCAAUUUAAAUGUUUUGUCCUGAAUACAAAGUGUUAUGUUUGUGGAAAAUUCAAUACAACACAUUACUACUGAGUACCUCUCUCCAUAUUUUCAAGCAUAGAGGUAGCUGCAUCAUGUUAUGGGUAGCUUGUAAUCGUUAAGGACUGGAGAGUUUUUCAGGAUAAAAAAUAAACAGCAUAGAGCUAGGCACAGGCAAAAUCCUAGAGGAAAACCUGGUUCAGUCUGCUUUCCACCAGACUGGGAGAUUAAUUCGCAUUUUAGCAGGACAAUAACCUAAAACACAAGGCCAAAUCUACACUGGAGUUGCUUACCAAGAAGACAGUGAAUGUUCCUUUAGUAGCCGAGUUACAGUUUUGACUUAAAUCUGCUUGAAAAUAUAUGGCAAGACCUGCAAAUGGAUGUCUAGCGAUGAUCAACAACCAAUUUGACAGAGCUUGAAGAUUUUUUUAAAUAAUAAUGGGCAAAUGUUGCACACUCCAGGUGUAGUCUGCUAAAUAGACAGUACUGUGCAGCCGUCUUCAUUGACAUGGCCAAGGCUUUCGACUCUGUCAACCACCGCAUUCUUAUUGGCAGACUAAAUAGCCUUGGUUUCUCAAAUGACUGCCUCGCCUGGUUCAUCAACUACUUCUCAGAUAGAGUUCAAUGUGUCAAAUCGGAGGGCCUGUUGUCUGGACCUAUGGCAGUCUCUAUGGGGGUGCCACAGGGUUCAAUUAUUGGGCCGACUCUUUUCUCUGUGUAUAUCAAUGAUGUCGCUCUUGCUGCUGGUGACUCUCAGAUCCACCUCUACGCAGACGACACCAUUUUGUAUACAUCUGGCCCUUCAUUGGACACUGUGUUAACAAACCUCCAAACGAGCUUCAAUGCCAUACAACACUCCUUCCAUAGCCUCCAACUGCUCUUAAACACUAGUAAAACUAAAUGCAUGCUCUUCAAUUGAACGCUGCUGGCACCCUCCCACCCGACUAGAAUCACUACUCUCGACAGGUCUGACCUAGAGUAUGUGGACAACUACAAAUACCUAGGUGUCUGGUUAGACUGUAAACUCUCCUUCCAGACUCACAUUAAGCAUCUCCAAUCCAAAGUUAAAUCUAGAAUCUGCUUCCUAUUUCGCAAACAAAGCCUCCUUCACUCAUGCUGCCAAACAUGCCCUCGUAAAACUGACAAUCCUACCGAUCCUUGACUUCGGCGAUGUCAUUUACAAAAUAGACUCCAACACUCUACUCAGCAAAUUGGAUGUAGUCUAUCACAGUGCCAUCCGUUUUGUCACCAAAGCCCCAUAUACUACCCACCACUGUGACCUGUACGCUCUUGUUGGCUGGUCCUCACUACAUAUUCGUCGCCAAACCCACUGGCACCAGGCCAUCUAUAAAUCACUGCUAGGCAAAUCCCCGCCUUAUCUUAGCUCAUUGGUCACCAUAGCAACACCCACCCGUAGUAUGCGCUCCAGCAGGUAUAUCUCACUGGUCAUCCCCAAAGCCAACACCGCCAUUCCUUCCAGUUCUCUGCUGCCAAUAACUGGAACGAACUGCAAAAAUCUCUGAAGCUGGAGACUCUUAUCUCCCUCACUAACUUUAAGCAUCAGUUGUCAGAGCACCUUACCGAUCACUGCAUCUGUACACAGCCCAUCUGAAAUAAGCCCACCCAACUACCUCAUCCCCAUAUUGUUAUUUAUUUUGCUCAUUUGCACCCUAGUAUCUCUAUUUGCACAUCAUCUCUUGCCAGUGUUAAUACUAAUUGUAAUUAUUUUGCACUGUGUCCUAUUUAUUGCCUUACCUCCAUAACUUACUACAUUUUCACACACUGUAUAUAUAUUUUCUGUUGUAUUUUUGACUUUGUUUUGUUUUACCCCAUAUGUAACUCUGUGUUAUUGUUUUUAUCACACUGCUUUGCUUUAUCUUGGCCAGGUUGCAGUUGUAAAUGAGAACUUGUUCUCAACUGGCUUACCUGGUUAAAUAAAGGUGAAAUAAAAUAAAAUAAAAAUAAAUGACUAAAAUGUAAAUGUAGAAAGCUCUUCGAGACUUACCCAGAAUGACUCAGAGCUGUAAUCGCUGCCAAAGGUGAUUCUAACAUGUAUUGACUCAGGGGGUUGAAUACUUAUCGAAUCAAGAUUACUGUAAAUGUGUUUAAUUUUUCAUAUUUCUUUUUAUAAAUGUUUGAAUGUUUCUUCCACUUUGACAUUAGAGUAUUUAGUGUAUGUGGUUGACAAAAUGACAAUUAAAUCUAUUUUAAUCCCACUUUGUAAAACAACAAAAUGUGGAAAAAGUCAAGGGGUGUGAAUACUUUCUGAAGGCAUUGUUAGUAGCCACUUUUGAAGUACUGAAGUUUUGGCAUUCUAGUGCUCAUCAAGCUAUGAAUAGUUACACAAUGACACCUGAAUAAACUGUGCUGCCUCUUCUUUCCAACCCCCUCUGAAAGAACCCCACAGCCUGGGAUAUCAGGGCCUGCUGGAUCUGGGUCUAAAGAGGGCAGCACAUUUUCCUCUGAUCAUGUGAUUAAGGAAGAGGUCCUUCUGUGGUCAUCCCCUAUUGCACACACUAUUCCUGUCCAAGGAAUGUUUGACUCCCUUGUGUCAAAUCACCCCACUAUGAGGCAUCUUCAUGGGAAUGUGAGUAGUCAAUAAAAAACAUUUGGCUAAUGUUUUGUGCCAAAUGCACAAAGUUCACAACUGAAUUCUGCUUACUGUUUUUGGCAAAAUAUCAUCCUCUCCGGUGAUGUUUUUAUUUGACAUUGUAAAGAUUAGGAGGAAGUUAAAGGAAAAGGGUGUUCUUUUGUACAUGCCUGGCCAAGGAAUGUUUUGGGUCCCUUUUGUCAAAAUAAAACACUUUUAGAGUUAAUGAGAAAAUCAGAACAUUCCCCGUACAUAAACAAUUUCAGUGGACAGUGAUGACUUUUAACCCUUUCCUUUUCACAGUGUCUGAACGUUACUCAACUCUUGUGGAAUUUCGGUCUGGAAAAGGCAUCCCACAUCACUCCUGCCCACUUCACCCUCCUGUGUCCAGCUCUGCUGUACCAGAUUGAGAGUGGCGUGUGUCUACGCCACCCAGAGACUCAUGGGGCAGAGUCAGAAAGGAGUGUGACUUUCCUCAAAGGUGCAUUAAUGAAACUACUUACCAGCUAUGACAAUAAAUUAUUUAUCGAUAUAGUAUGUUUUAAAACUCAACGUAUCCCUUUAUAAGUUGGAGCACAGGGGCAUAACUUUACAUUUAGGACAAACCUAGACUUAACAUAACCCUGGAAACUACAAUACCCUAUUGACCAAGCAGAAUGUAUACAGCAUCUAAAUGAAUACAAUACAAUAUAUUGUUUGUUUUGCAGCUCUGGGAUGGAGCUCCUUGGCUCUGGUUGUGAUCAGCCUGCCGUCUCUGCUGGCUCUGAGCCUGGUGCCCCUCCUGCCACCCGACCGCCUCCGUUCCUUCCUCUGCCCAAUGACAGCCCUGGCUGUGGGGACGCUGUGUGGAGAUGCCUUGCUGCAUCUCCUGCCUCACGUAAGUACCAGUCCAAACUGUCAAACACUACAUAAAUACCAGUGCUGCUGUCUCUGUUUAGUCAUGGAGGGUGAAGUUGUAAAAACUAGUAGUAAAUGUUGUAAAUGUAAAACCUGUUGCUGAUGUGAAAACCAUGUCAUGUUGUUUCUGUGUCCUGCAGGCCAAGAUUGGGCCACAGUCAAGCCACUCUGAAGAACAGGACUCUAUUCUGAAGGGCCUUUGCGUGCUGGGAGGUUGCUACUUCCUUUUCAUCUUCGAGAGCCUUCUAGGACUGAGGACCCAUUACAAGGUUAGCUGGAUUAAGAGAGUAAAGGGGCGAGUUUGAUGCUGAUACACUGUGCAUAGUAUACUGAACAAAAAUAUAAACGCAACAUGCAUGAAUUUCAACAAUUUUGCUGAGUUACAGUUCAUAUAAGGAAAUCAGUAAAUCGAAAUAAAUAAAUUAGGCCCUAAUAUAUGGAUUUCACAUGACUGGGCAGGGGCGCAGCCAUGGGUGGGCCUGGAAGGGCAUAGGUCAACCUACUUGAGAGCCAGGCCGACCCACUGGGGAGCUAGGCCCAGCCAAUCAGAAUGAUUUUUUUCCCCCACAAAAGGGCUUUAUUACAGACAGAAACAAUCAGACAAUCCUGCAGUCAGCAUGCCAAUUGCACGCUCCCUCAAAACUUGAGACAUCUGUGGCAUUGCAGUGUGACAAAACUGCACCUAUUGUCCCCAGCACAAGGUGCACCUGUGUAAUGAUCAAUGCUUCUUGAUAUGCCACACCUGUCUGGUGGAUGGAUUAUCUUGACAAAGGAUAAAAUGUUCACUAACAGGGAUGUAAACAAAUUUGUGCUCAUAAGCUUUUUGUGUGUAUUGAACAUUUCAGAGAUCUUUUAUUUCAGCUCAUGAAACAUGGGAACAGCACUUUACAUGUUGCUUAUAUUUUUGUUCAGUGUAGUAACGUUUCAGCACAGAGUUACUAACCCCAUAGGCGCAACAUCGCAAGACUUCCAGGGAACGCUUGCGAAACAGACCAGGCAGGGGUUUGAGAAGUCAAUGAGAGAAGUGAAAAAUCCUUCCUUAGUUAAUUUUCUCUAAAUCUAAAGGCACAACAUAGUUGAACAUGUUAUUACUCCAACCUCAUAAAAGUGACCAACUGACACGUUUUCAUUUUUGUCAAAAACAACUUUUAUAUCGAGUGCCUUUGAUUUGACGGCCUGCACAUGCGCAGUUCGGCGUGAGACGACCGUUAGACCCGAUGACGUAUUUCUACGCAUGAGUUUAACUAGCCAACGUCGCCAUGACGUCGCCUACAAGUGUGAUCAAGGAUUUCUAUUGGAGAAACAGUUUCUGCCUAUCUUAAUACUGUACGGUCUUUGGUUUCAGUCUAAAGGCUUCCGCAUGCUUCGGUUCGGCUGGCGCCUAGCCGAACUCGGCUAAGUGAACUGAACGAGUGUGCUCGCAUACCCCCUUAAAAGACAUUAGCUUGAAAAACGAGAAAGGCGGAUAUAGUACUGUUUGUCUAUCUUGAGAUGUCGUAAUCAGUAUACACUUCCUCAAAAUAGUCAGAUUUAAUCUAAGAUAAUUGAAGAAAUCUGUCAUUAAUUGUAACGUUUUUGCAGAGAUCUUAGUCGCGCAACUUUUCAUCUAACCAAGAUGUUCUGUGCAAUAUUUCUCAAGUACAUAUUUUUUUGCAUUAAAAUGCGCAGUCUGUCGUUGAACGACAACAAACACUUUGUUGAAGAAUCCCUACUGUUGACCUAUCACUGAGGAAGGGGUGUAGACUUCGGCUUCCGAACUUCGGUUUGCCUCAAGAACAUUUUUGUGUGUGCACGAACAGCCGAAAAACCCUUGCCGAAGACAAAAACAAACAAAAACGUCACAAAAUGUCAUAAUAUAUGCCCAAACUGUUUCGGAUGGGAAGCAUGAGGACGCCUUUGGGCCCUAUUCCCACUAUGAGAUAUGAAGAAGAGUCUGAGGAGCAGGGUUGGCGAAAGAUAAUUCUACUUCAAUUGACAUUACAUCCUUGCCUAACAUUUUGUUGUAGCUGGCCACAUGACAUUCUUGGUCCGCAGCUCAAAUUGACCUUAAAUAUUACAGUAGCCACUAGCCAGUAAGCACAAACUAUUCAACAAUGACAAACGUUUAAUCUAAAACAUAUUACAUUAUUGAAUAAUGCAACCAAACCAUAUUAUACUCUUGGCUACACUCAUUAAAUUUUAGCUUCAAGACAAAAGCACAGAGUUGCUAUAACAGCAUGUCUUCAUUAAGUAACAUUAGCCUAUCAAAAAUGAACGAUUUAACCCUCUCAUACGAAUAUAAAAGUACAUUAGGCCUACCUUACAACAUUACAACAAAGCAGGCUUCAUCAUGCAAAUCAUAUAAUGUGGUAAAAGCAAAUUGCGACUGAAAAUGUGGGUAUAAGUGAAUUUACUGCAACAAGCUGUUUUAUAUGGAACCAAAUAAAUAAAAUGCCUCAUGAUUUGUCAACUACACAAUUAGUCUGUGCUUCAGUCUGAUCAACAGUAGCCUACUGAUAACAACCACAGCUUCAGGUAGCCUGGAGAAGCCUAUGCGAUCUGAUCCCAUCUGGUCUUGGCCAGGGGAAACAUAAUGUCAUGUUUUUUUAUAGCCUCAGCUAUUUAUUAAUGGCCUAAAAUAGGCCCAUUUUAUUUGUGUUCAGAGAAAAUUUGAAUUUGAUCAAAUUUAGGUUAUGUUCACACUUCAGGUGGCUAGGCUACCUAGGUCUUUUUAAUCUAAAAUUAUUGACUGGAAUUAAUCAAUCAACACAAUAGUGAUGACAUACUGUAUGAGUGUCUUUUUAAUUACAGAUGCAAAGUCCUACACGAUGCAACCAGACAUACAGUCCAAUCGUAGUUGUUGUCUGUGGAAAGGGUUUUAAAGUUUUCAUCCUCCCUAGGGCCAGGAGUUAUAUAUUUUUAAACCACAUGCCAUGAUUAGAAAAAUGAUCUGGUCCCAUCAUAGCCCAUGUAAAACUGCUUUUUACAGCUAAUUUAUUACUAUGUCAUACACUACAACUAGGGUCCGGAGUUGGUUAGGUUAGCCUACUACUAGCCAGGAAAAACUCUGGGCCCCAGGAAAACAAUUCCCCCCCCACCACUCUAGGACCUGUGGUGCUUAUUUGUUUAUUUAGAUUCCCAUGAGCUUUUGCAGAAGCAGCAGCUACUCUUCCUGGGGUCCACACAAAACAUGACAAGUAACAAAACACUGAUACACUGAGACAAGGAAAGUCACAACAAUAUACAAACAAUACAACAACAAAAAUUAUACAACCAAUACAACAACAAAAAUGUCUGUGUGCCAUCUCUGAAAUCACCACACAAUGCUACAAAUGUAAAAACAUAUCCUAUUUGUAUGAUCUACCUUUCUAAAUUUGUAUGAUCUUCCAUAGUUUUACGUAGCUCAGUGUAGCCAGCAGCUACUGCGACAAUUUCAGAAUGUAACAUUUCUGCAAUUUCAGGUGAAAAUCUAUAAAAACAAGUCUCAAAUAUUAAGAAAAUGUCUAUACAUUUCAGCUGUUUCAAAAACAUUGCUCUGCUAUUACCAUUUAUACUGUAGGAGUAUUGGUUCAACGAGACAAUUGUGUUUACACUGCCCUGCUUCAAGGGGGCCAACUGUCGGGCGAGUGUUGUGCACUACCACUGGAGGUAGCGGUCGAGACGUAGCAAGUACGCAAGUUUACAUUUGAGUAAUAUGUGUAGCCGACGGUAUUUUUACAAAAAGUGUUGUAAGUGUGAAGAGGUUCUAUAUUGUCUUUGUUUGUUGGGAAAAGCAGGGUGGAUUGUUUGGUCUUGUAUUCAGUUGUGAAUGUUUCACUCAUAUGGUCUGUUUUAAAUGCUUUUUGUCAUCAGAAGGCUAAGAGGAAGAGGAAGGAGCAGAACACCAGUGUAGAUCUGUAUCCAGAGAGGGAGCUUACUGCUCUGCAGAGUGAGACACAACCCUCUGAGCACGGUCAUGGUCACAGCCAUUCACAUGGCCCACCUUCCAAGGAACAAGCUGGGAUAGGAAGCUUGGUGUGGAUGGUGGUUAUGGGAGACGGGAUCCACAACCUUACUGACGGUCUGGCCAUUGGUGCAGCUUUCUCUCAGAGUCUGGCUGGAGGUCUCAGCACCACUAUAGCUGUGUUCUGUCAUGAGCUUCCUCACGAGCUAGGUAUACAAGAAUACCUUCCCUUUCUACUCUGAGUGUACAAAACAUUAAGAACAGCUGCUCUUUCCAUGACAUAACCUGGAUUCACCUGGUCAGUCUAAAUAUUAUCUGUUAUUGAUGUCACUUGUUAAAUCCACUUCAAUCAGUGUAGAUCAGGGUUCUUCAAUUCCGGUCCUGGAGGGCCGAAACACCUCUGUUUUUCAUCCUCUCCUUCUAAUCAGGGGCUAAUUCAGACCUGGGACACCAGGUGAGUGCAAUUAACUACCAGGUAGAAAUAAAAAACAGAAGUGUUUUGGCCCUCCAGGACCGGAAUUGAAGAACCCUGGUGUAGAUGAAGGGGAGGAGACUGGUUAAAGAAGGAUUUUUAAGCCUUGAGAGAAUUGAGACAUGGAUUGUGAAUGUGUGCCAUUGAGGGUGAAUGGGCAUGACAAAAUAUUUAAAUGCCUUUGAACGGGGUAUGGUAGUAGGUGCCAGGCGCAGCAGUUUGAGUGUGUCAAGAACUGCAACGCUGCUGGGUUUUUCACUCAACAGUUUCCCGUGUGUAUCAAGAAUGGUCCACCACCCAAAGGACAUCUAGCCAACUUGACACAACUGUAGGAAGCAUUGGAGUCAACAUGGGCCAGCAUCCCUGUGGAACACUUUCGACACCUUGUAGAGUCCAUGCUCCGAUUAAUUGAGGCUGCUCUGAAGGCGAAAGUGCAACUCAAUAUUAGGAAGGUGUUCUUAAUGUUUUGUACACUCAGUGUAUGUACUGUAGGUUACAGUACAACACAUCAUAAAAUCCAUGUCCAUAAAAAGUUCAAGUUUCAGGUAUACCUCUGCUCUGUAAUGUUCCAUGGAGUAUACGGUUCAUUCAUUGUGUUGUCUGUCUGUGUAGGUGACCUGGCAGUGCUGCUGGGAGCAGGGUGGCCUGUUCGCCGACUAGUUCUCUUCAGUGCUGUUUCAGCCCUGCUGGGCUUCGUGGGACUGCUGACUGGCUCUGUCCUGGGCCACCAGUCUGCUCAGAUCUCCCCCUGGAUCCUCACCCUCACUGCUGGGGUCUUCCUCUACGUGGCCCUUGCUGACAUGGUGAGUCGCUACAGUGGAUCGACUUCCACGUGUACAUUUUCACACUAAACACACUGACAACUGCUGAUGUAAAUAGGGCUUUAUAAGUACAUUUGAUUGAUUGAUACUGCCAACCCGAACCAUACUGUGCUGGCUGAUAUCUUUUCACAUUGUCCUUUCCAGCAUGGUGGAUGUGUAAACAGGCCAGGGCCCGGUUUCCUGAUAGUGAUGAAACGUAGGCUUAUGAGUGUUUUAACGAUGCAUCUUUCCUACAAUGGCCAAAGAUGUAACAUAUUUCCCAAAACACCACGCUGAGAGAACGUUUGCUAAGUGCUGCAUUUUGUCGAUACUGAUAGGAUCGAAAGAAAGGCAGUGCUGCUCUCGGAUCAGCUUUCUCCAUUCAAAUCUUACCUUAACAUUAUAAUUAUUCCACAAUACUAAUGAUGUAUCAACUCCUAGAGAGAUAUUAUCACCUAUGGCUGCAAAUAUUUAGGUGGCUUAUUCUAAUGCUUACCCUAUAACAGGGGUGUCAAAUUCAUUCCAUGGAGUCCUAGUGUCUGCUGGUUUUUGGUUUUUCCUUUCAAUUAAGACCUAGACAACAAGGUGAGGGGAGUUCCUUACUAAUUAGUUCCUUACUAAUUAGUGACCUUAAUUAAUCAAUCAAGUACAAGGGAGGAGUGAAAACCCGCAGACACUAGGACCUCUGUGAAAUGAGUUUGGCACGUGCCCUAUAAUAAUGCACAAAAUCAAGAUUUGGCACAUUUUUACAGGCAGUAGCCAAUGGCAAAAUAAAACUAAAUUGAAUGAACAUGACAUUGAUUUCAAUAUAAUUUGAAAUACAGUAUAUAGGCCUAUGUAGCCUAUACUGUAGGCUAUUUAUCUUUUAAUGUGGUCAUCUGUUUUCAUUUGAAGCAUCUUUUUAUCUUCGCUUGUUUGUAACAAUUGCAAAUUCUUUGGCAGUUUUGUUUUUGUAAUCGACUUCGUUGGGAAGUUAUCAGCGGUUAGAGACCAAUAAACAUCUUGAUUCUAUGUUUAGCGGAAAUCUGUGUAUAAAGUGACGUGUUAGGGAAAAAACGCAUCUAACGACACACUUAGCUGUUCUAAAUAACGUAAAUAACGAGCGUUUAAGUGCAACUUUAGUAACAAUGAUUUAACCUCCUACGAAAGGUUCUUACGAUGAAUUUAACCUUAAGAUGCUUUUGGGAAACCGGGCCCAGCUCAGUACAGUACAACUCAGCUGGGCUCAGUGGUGUGGAAAUGUCUGUCACAUUCUCUCUCCUCUUGCUCAAUAGUUACCUGAGAUGCUUCAUGGUGAUCCUGGCCCAAUGGGACCUUGGACUCGCUUCCUGCUACAGAACCUGGGCCUGUUGGCAGGGGGGGCCAUCAUGUUGUGUAUCGCUCUGUUUGAGGACCGUAUCGCCUUCAACCUGGGUGACGUCUGA